CAAUCAUGUUCAUUUAAAAGUCAACUGAAACCCAACAGGUGAAACACUAUAGUGCAGGUCUUGAGCUUCUAGUUUUCCUUCAAAUGGUUAGGUCAGGUAGAAGAUAUUUCAAAAGAUUGCUUAAACAAGAAUUGCCAAAUUGUCAACCGGUAAUAUCUUAGCAUGAUCAUUCGUAAUAGUAUUGGACUUCUGCAAAAAGAACCUGGGUAGCCAUAGUUGUUGAUAUUACACAAACACAUCAAUUACACAAGAGCUUAAAUUUCCUGCAAUCGUUGCAAUUUUAUGUAUUGGAUUAUCGAAUACUACAUCGAUGAGAUGUUUUCUAUUAUAUUGUACCUCCAAUAGAUAGAUAGUACGCCAAACCCCAAAUUUGAGGUUCGAUGUCGGAGUUUUUCAUUUUGCCCACCUGUUAAUCUGCCAAACCUCACCUUGACAUUCUCACAUCCGGCAACACCGUAAGAAGUACCUUGGCUGCUCAACCGCAAAUAUGCCAAGAAGCAAUGUCUUGUCUACGGACGAAGCCAUUGAGAAUCUCAUUUCCACUUUCAACGAACUCAACAGCAACAGUAUUGAUGAGCUCCACGAUGAACCAAGUCCCCUAGAAUUCAUGCGAUAUGUUGCUCGCAACACACCAUUCGUGAUAAGGGGCGGGGCUUCAUCAUGGAAAGCCUGUCGGGACUGGAACUCUGCGUAUCUGCUUUCUGUGAUGAAAGGGCAGAAUGUGAAUGUUGCUGUCACGCCAUAUGGCAAUGCUGAUAUGCCUACCGUGCCACCUGGUGAAGAAUCAAUGGUCUUUGCAAAGCCUCACUAUGAGGAUCAACCCUUUGAAGAGCUACUUGAGUAUGUAGCACGUCAAGGCGCAGAUCCUGACUUUCCUCCUGAUGCCGAAGUGCGAUAUGCCCAAACUCAAAAUGACAACCUGCGCGAAGAGUACAUCACUCUCUUCUCAGACGUACAAAAGGACAUCCCUUUUGCAAGGAUAGCACUAGACAAGUGCCCCGAUGCCGUGAACCUAUGGAUCGGUAACUCUAAAUCCGUUACAGCUAUGCACAAAGACAAUUACGAAAAUAUUUAUGUACAGAUUCUGGGACGAAAGCACUUCGUUCUACUACCUUCUUUAUGCCACCCCUGCGUCAACGAGCAACCUCUCAAGGCCGCAACGUACACGCGCGGAGAGAAUGGCAUGGAAUUAAAGAUUGAUGAUACUUAUGAUGAGGCUGUUCCUUUCGCAAUUUGGGAUCCGGAUAGGCCUGAGCAAAAUGCUACAAAGUUCUCCCAUCUUGCCCAGCCUUUACGAGUAACAUUGAACCCCGGAGAUAUGCUUUAUCUUCCCGCUAUGUGGUAUCACAAAGUGCUCCAAUCGUGCGCCGAGGAAGACGAAGGGUUCGUCCUCGCCGUCAACUACUGGUAUGACUUGGACUUUACAGGUCCGCUUUACCCUACAUCGACUUUUGUUCGUGAUAUGAGCUUGGGAAAUAGAAAGUAGUCUAGAAAUCCGCCCCACACGACCUAAAACCAAAACACCAGAUCUAUACCCACGCCUCAACCCCGUGCCGCCCGUGAUUACUUCUUCUUCUUGGCAAUCCUCUUCUGCGCUCGCAACUCCUUCUUUUGUCUAGCAUCAACGAUUUUGUAGCGACCACGUACGCCCUUAGGACGGCCCUUGAUGC